AAGAGAUUAAAGAAGAAGAAGACAAGAAUGGAUAGCUUCUUUGUCAAACCAGGUAGUGCACCUGGCACAGGAAAUAGAGGAAAGAAUGGCUCUGGAGGAGGCGCUGUCAAAUCAUAUCAACAUCGUUCAGACUCUUCAUCGUCAUCACGUGGCGGUGGUAGAGGAAGAGGCGGAUCAGCCAAUGGCGCCAUGCGUGGAAGAGGUGGUCGUGGAGGCGCACCAUCACGUGGUGGUCGAGGUGGAUUUGUCCCUCGUGGUGGCGGCAGAGGUGGUGCCAGAGGUGGAGCUGGUGCAGGUGGUGCAAGAGGUGGCAACAGAGGAGGCAGACAAGACUUUAAAAGAAAGAAUAGAGAUGAAGAGGAGGAUGACUAUUACAAGGAUGACGACAAUGAUAAUGAUAAUGACAAUGACAACGAGAGUGGAGAUGACAACAAUGACGAUAUGGACAACAAUGAUGAUCACCUAAUGAUGAAUGGAGAUGAUGGAUCAUCAAGCGAUGAGGAGACCUCAAUGUAUCAAUCACAAGACAAUGACCAAGAAGAUAAUCAAGACGACGACGACCAGGAUGGAGACGAUGACGAAGAAGACGAGGACAACAACCAAAAUAGAUACAAGAGGAAGCGUAUUGAAAUGCCUGUGGACGAGGAGGAGGAGACUGCCGAUGAGAAGAGAGUUCGUUUGGCCAAGGAAUACCUCAAGAAGAUCGCGGCAGCCAGAGGCGAGAUGAAUAUGUCAGACGCCCUGCAACAAGACAUUGAUCGAUCAUCUAGCCGUUACCAACGACAACUCAAGACACCAAUAUCCACACUCAACAUCACCGACAAGAACAUCACCCUGCUAAGAGGACACGACCAGCCAGUUACCUGCAUCGUCUUAAGUGACGAUGAACGUUAUUUAUAUACAUCUUCAAAGGAUGCCAUCAUUAAGGAUAGCGUUGCACCAAAGAAGAAGGACUCGUUCGUUGGCCGUAUAUUGGCGAUGGCAUUGUCCCAUGAUGGAAAAUACUUGGUGACUGGUGGCGAGGAGAAGGUCAUCAAGGUGUGGGACACAGAGAAUGACUUCAAGAUCGUCGAGACAUUCCGCGGACACAAGGACAUUGUCAGCGCGCUGGCCUUUAGAAAGGGCACCUAUACCCUGUACAGUGGUUCGUACGACCGCACGGUCAAGAUCUGGGACCUGCACCAGAUGGCCUUUGUCGACACACGUUUUGGCCAUCAGAGCCCUAUCACAUCGAUUGACGCGCUCACCAGAGAGCGAUGCAUUACAUCAGGCAACGACCGCACAUGUCGCAUCUGGAAGAUCCCCGAGGAGUCGCAGUUGAUCUUUAGAGGACACUCUCAAUCGAUCGACAAGGUGGCGUUGCUUGCCGACGACAAGUUCGUGUCGGCCUCACAGGAUGGCUCAGUGCAGCUGUGGAACGUCAACAAGAAGAACCCAAUCCAUAUCCAAAACAACGCACAUCCUCACUCUGGUCUUCCCUGGAUCACCUCUGUAGCCUGUGUCAAGUUUGCCGACGUCGUAGCUUCAGGCUCCUGCGAUGGCCACAUCAGGCUGUGGGGAGUGUUUGGCGAGAAGCUCAAGCAGAUCAAUACCAUCGAUGUUAAUGGAUUCAUCAACGACAUGGUGUUUACAAAGGAGGGAACAACGCUCUAUGCUGGAAUCGGACAGGAACAUAGAUUCGGUCGCUGGCACAAGGUGUCCAACGUUAAGAAUGGAGUGGCCAUUAUCAAUCUGGACAAGGAUCAAGAGCAGAAGCAAGAUGAACAGCCAGUCACCACAACAAUGAAUGGCGCCAAUCAUUCUGAUGAUGAUGAUGAUGAUCAAGUUGAUGACGAAGAUGAGAUUCUGGAUGAUGACGAGGAUGAUGAUGAUAAUGACCAAGUACCCAUCGCCGACGAUGAC